AUGUCGGGCUUAUGGGCGAGUACGACGGGCUUGUGGGCGAGUACGACGGGCUUGUGGGCGAGUACGACGGGCUUGUGGGCGAGUACGACGGACUUGUGGGCGAGUACGACGGGCUUGUGGGCGAGUACGACGGGCUUGUGGGCGAGUACGACGGGCUUGUGGGCGAGUACGACGGGCUUGUGGGCGAGUACGACGGGCUUGUGGGCGAGUACGACGGGCUUGUGGGCGAGUACGACGGGCUUGUGGGCGAGUACGACGGGCUUGUGGGCGAGUACGACGGGCUUGUGGGCGAGUACGACGGGCUUGUGGGCGAGUACGACGGGCUUGUGGGCGAGUACGACGGGCUUGUGGGCGAGUUCACCGGUUGCACCAACUUGCUUGUUGUCUUUUGCUUCUUUGCCUGAGUGUCAUCUGUGCUUGAAAUAG